GUUCACUACCGGGUAAAGUCGUGCAGUUGCAGAUUUUUAACAAGAUUUCCAUCAGGCGAGUAAUUUCCUUUAGCUGCGUUUCAGGUGAGUAUGUUAUAGUUCGUUAUUGAACUCGGCUGCCUGGAACGAGUGCAUGUAAGGAUCAUAAAAUCGGUAUCGAGUAACAACAAAUACCGCGGCGCAAUUGAAGAUCAUUAAUCCGGGGCAAUACGCUGAGCGUGAUUCCGUUCUGCAUAGAGGCAACACGAGCAUAGUGAAAAAUAAGACGUAGAUAGUCGAGGGUUUGAGAAAAUAUCAUCUUGAAUGCUGCGAACUUUGUUUCAAUGAGGGGUCACGACUUAGACUUGGACUUCAUCGUGAAAAAUGAACAGAGUCAAGAAUUCGACCUGGAAGAGGUGAUCAACAAGGAUGUCAGCACGAACGAUAAAUUUUAUCACAGACUUGUGAUUCCCAAUCUGUUAUACUUCUGCGCCCUCCACGUAGGCGCAGUAAUUGGUAUUUACCAUCUGCUGGUGAACGCCAAGUUACUCACAACAAUAUGGGCGCUUUUCAUGGCGUUCUGUACCGGCGAAGCCGUAACGUUGGGGGCCCAUCGAUACUAUUCGCACAAGAGUUUCAAGGCGACAACGGCUCUCAGGCUGGCUAUGAUAAUUUUUCAAACGGCGGCUGGGCAGAACAGCAUGUAUACCUGGGCAAGAGAUCACAGACUGCAUCACAAGUACAGCGACACCGACGCCGAUCCUCACAAUGCUACCAGAGGAUUUUUCUUUUCCCAUGUCGGCUGGUUGAUAUCUAAGAAACAUCCCCUGGUCAAAGAGAAGAGCAAGUGCAUCGACGUCUCGGAUCUACUCGAUGACAAAAUCCUCAUGUUUCAACACAAAUAUUUCGUACCGGUUUAUCUACUUGUGGGAUUUCUUUGUCCCACUUGUUUGCCAGUUUUCUGUUGGAAUGAAAAUUGGUGGACUUCCUUUUACGUCGUAUACUGUCUUCGCUACGUCGUCAUCCUCCACGCAACUUGGAGCGUAAAUUCGAUCGCUCACAUGUUCGGCACAAAGCCCUACGACAAAAGAAUUGUCUCCGUCGAUUCCAACGUCGUUUCGUUUUUCACCGGCGGAGAUGGAUGGCACAAUUACCACCACAGUUUUCCCUGGGAUUGGAGAGCUGGAGAAUUCAGUGUACGGGGUGGUUUCAACACCAAGUUCUUACAGACGCUUGCGGAUUACGGUUUCGCGUACGAUUUAAAAACGGCCUCGGACUCGGUGGUCGAAGGGCGUACCAAGAAGCACGGCGACGGAACGCGUCCGGUUAUAGACGUCGGGCGAAACGAAGGUGAAGAUAAAAAGCCGAGAAACGGCCUCGGCUCUAACGCUCCGAAGGAAGAGAGCCUAGAAACCGACUAGAGCUGGGUUUCCGUCAGUCUUUCAACGUACGUGAAGGGUUGUCAAGCAUUGAAGUAUAAAUGCACUGAUUGUCACGGCAAAUAACAAAGAUGAGGAAAGCACGCAUAUCAGGUUUGCAAAUUCGGAAUUUGUACCAGGUUCUACGAUAACUUUGGAAGAAUAAGUUUUUUUAAAUAAAACAAUGCCACGU